ACUCUUAAUAUAUGAUUUUGCCGUUCUAUUAUCUUUAGUGCAAAACCAAAAAUUUCAUUAACUAAAAAGAAGAAGAAAUAAAAGUGGGAGGAAGGAAGGAAGGACAGUCAUUUUUUUGCUCUCAGUCCAAACUCCAUCCACACCUCACAGUCAUUUUCUGCUUCGUUGGUCGAAUCGAAGCUAUAGACCCAGGCCACACAGUUGCCAGAAAUGAAAGAAGACGACGGCAGCAGCAGAUAUAGUGCCACAAAUGAAAUUAUGAACCCCGAUCACGCAGCGGAUGUUGGGAUUUUUGAGCCUCCCAACUCAGAUGUCAACGGGAGCAACGCCGCCCAAGGCCAAGUUAGCGGAAGAGGAAAGAAACCCCAAGGUGGUGGAACCAGCCAAUCCAAUUGUUAUGAAAAUACAGCAUGUGGUUCGAGUUCCGCCCAAGGUCAAGGUGGCAGCACCAAGCAAUCCACAAUUUCUAAAAAAGAAAUUACAGCACCCAAGGGAUCCUCAUAUGUCGGGAAAUUCAACUUUGACAACGUCAACAUCAAUGCCGGCCAAGCUGAAGGUGACUCUGAAGGAAACAAGGGCUUCCACAAAAACAAAGGUAUCUGUCACAACAUGCAUCGUAAUAAAAUUACUGCAAAUAAAUCCACAAACGUUGGGUUUGAAAACUUUGGCAACAGCAACAUCAACUUCAAGUCUACUAGUACUAAAAAUCACGGCAAAGCAGCAGGUGGCUCGAGUUCCGCCCAAGGCCAAGGUCGCAGCACCAACGAAUCCAUAAUUUCUAACAAUGAAAUUACAGCAAAAUAUCAAUCCUCAAAUGUUGGGAUGCUCAACUUUCACAACGUCAACAUCAAUGCCGGCCAAGCUGAAGGUGGCUGUGAAGGAAACGAGGGCUUUCACAAAAACGAAGGUAUCAGUCACGACAUUUAUAAGAACACAAUUAUAGCAGUUAAUUCCCGAAAAGUUGGGAUACAAAACUUUGGCAACAUCAAAUACAACUGCAAGAAUAUUAUAAGACGAUUAUUGCGUUUUUUAGGCUUAUCAUAGUAAUUCCAGAAUUUCUUUAGCCAUGUGAAUUGAGAUAUACCAUAUGAGAAUUUGAUGUUGCCAUUGGACUCCUCCGCAUUGUAUAAACUCUUUAUAGUUAUUGUAAAACCUAUUAGACGGCGUGAAUGAGUAAAACUUUCUAUUCU